GCCAUUAGGAAAAACGAGCAUGAGUGUUCGCCCCAAAAACGCCGGCGAUAUGAUUGUCCACAACUCCGUAAUCGGGGGCUACGAUGAGUCAAAGUUUGCCGAGAAGAUAACCCACCUGACGCCCACCGAGCAGGAAGCAGUGAAGCGCUUCUGGAGGUCGCUGGUUUUGCGAAGUCAACGCGCCUUCAUUGAGGAAAAUGCUCGUCCAGUCGCGUCCUCCGCGAGUCCCGCUCCCUCGGGCAUGAAUCGCUCCGUGCGCAGCUGCAACUGCUGUCCCUAUGGCUACCACAUCGACCUGGACUUUGUGCGCUACUGCGAGGCCCUGGCCCGAAAGCCCAGCGAGGAGGAGCAGCGGCGGCGGGAUCGCAGGAGGUCCCGAAAGUCCAUGGAGUUCAUGCUGGGAUUCGAGAGCCUCUUCGGCGGCGACUGGCAGGCGGAGUCCAGUCAGGGAAAGCUCAGCGAGACCUCACAUGAAAGCGAACCGGAUUCGCCACGCCCCCUUGGAGGAGGAGCGGGGGCGGUGAAUAUGUCGCAGUCGUACACCACCACUCCGUGCUACCGACCGCGUUCGUCGUCCGUGCCCCGUUUCACCUACGGCAGCAUACCGCCGCGAUCGGAGUCGCCCUUCGGCACCGCCUCCUCCACGUGCUCCUCGCUGCGCGGCGGCGUGGAGAGCGAUGCGGGCAUCUACCAUCAGCCGCAUCGCCCGGCGAUCAGUCCGCCGGAGACGAGGGCCUUCCUCCACGAGGCGCUCGACGAGGUGUGCAGCGACUUCGAGCGGACUCUGGAGCGGACCUCCGUGAAGCGUCGCAAGACGCCCUACGGCGCCGGCUCCCUGUCCAUGGAUCGCAAUAACAACAAACUCAGCCUGAGCCUCCGCAAUGGCCAUGGCGCAUCGAAGGAGCACAAGAGUCAUCGGCUGGGCACCAGCACGUGGGACCGGCACUUUGAUGUGGCAGAUUCCUGCAUUGGGGGCAACCAAUCGCCCACGGGCACGCCGCGCCCCUUCCUGCGGUCCAACACUCUUCCUCUGCGGCAGCGGCCCAGUCCGGCGGAGGUGCAGUAUGAGAGCUACGUGCAGGCCACGGUGGCCGCCAAUGCCAAGUCGCCGGUGGAGCAGCUGGAGUCUCCGAAGUCUCCAGGAGCUCCGCCACCGCCGCCUCCAAGGCGCCACCACCUCUUGGCCUCCACGCCCACGGGAAAGCCCAGUUUCAAGGAGGACCUACCACGUCUGCAGGAGAAUGGCUCCGUAAGCAGCAGCUCCCUGCAGUCCCCUGUCAUCUCGGAAACCGGACAGACCACGGCGGAUGCACAAGCUCUAUUCCAGAUCCGCGAACAGAUGGCGCUGAGCCUAAAGCGUCUUAAGGAUCUGGAGGAGCAGGUGAAAGUCAUACCCGACAUGGAGCUGGAACUCAAUUCUCUUCGCUCGGAAAAACAGAAAUUGCUGCGCAGGAACGAGGAGCUGAUGCGAAGUCAACGGCAGACGCCUUCGCCGCCAAGUCCGGGACUCAAGACGGCCUCACCCGUGCAGUUCACUCCGCAGAGGAUCAGUCCAGUGUCGCUGGAGAGCCUAGGAGCACGCAUGCGCAGCAGUUCCACCUCGGCAUCGCCAUCUCCAAGCGUUGUCCGCCGGGAUGUGUCCACCCAGGCGGUGGUGCGACCACCUGCCACACGAGAUGUGUCCGUGGGCCACCAGCCCACCACGCGAAACGUUGGAGUGCAGCCAUCGGAAACCGUCUACUCCAAGGAGGAGCUGGACAAGAAGGUGGAGCAGGCACUCACCAAUGCACAAAGGCAACAGCUGAGGAAGCUCAUCUCUGUGGGCACCCAAAUGUAUGUGCCCCAGAGGGACCAAAAGGACAGUGGAGUGCAAACCACACCGGAACGACCCAAGCUCAAGUACAAUGUGGGCGUCACCGCGAAACCUGCUACGAGGGAGAACUUCACCAGUUGCAAGCCGGAUGUGCGUCAUGUGGGCAGCUCUGACGAUCGCCUGGACGACGUGCUAUGCGAAAAGUGCGCCGUCAGCAAGAGAAGCGUGGCCUGCGGUCCCGAAACUCCGGCGGAGAAGGUGAAACCCACUCCCCAAAUGCCCGGACGCAGCAACACCUUCAGCUUGGGCGAGAAUGAGAGCGUUUCCGUGGUGCGUAAGACAAUUGGCUGCCAGACGCCAGUUACCCUGGUCCUCAGUUCCGGAAGUCAAACCACCACGGCUGCAGUCCGUUCCACCGGAGCCCAGAUUACUCCGCAGCAACAGCACUCGGGCGUCCAGUGUGCAGCGGAGCAGGUAUCCCGACAGACUGACACCAAGGGACUGCAGCGACUCACUCGGAGUCAGACGAAGGCGGAACAGGUGUCGGAGUCGGUGCCUCGCCCAACAACCCGCCACACAGCCAGCAAUACGGACAAGUUGGAGGAACCGGAGCCGGCUAAGGUUCGAACAAGCCACUCCGCCUGCAACACGGAGGAGGUUCGCAAGAGGGACGUGGGCUGUGGCGACAUUGUCAAGCCGCACAUCUCCAUUGCCUGUGCAGCCAACUACUGUGAUUCCUGCAAGGAGGCCAUCCAGGAUCUGGCCCGGGGAUUCUCGAAGGCCAGUCCCACGGCCACCAGGACGGGAGGAGCAGCCCGACGCUCCACGUCAGCGGACUCGCGGAUUCCGCGACCCAAGCACCUCACCAGUCCCAGUCCGGUGCGCAAGGAGUUCAUGCGGCAGAACACCUACACGCUGGCCACGCCCUCGCCAACGCCCAGUCCGCAGGUGGAGAGAAAGGCGCGAUUGAGCUCCCUGCAGGAGAAGCCUCCGACCGUGUCCAGUUUCCAGGCAGCGGAGCCAUUGCCCGAGUCCCAAAGCUUCAUCCGUCAGCCGCAGAAGGAUUCGUUGGAUCUGAGUCUCCUGGGCGAGGAUGAGCUGAUAGUCCGCGAGGAGAAGCGGGUGAGCAUCAGUUGGUCGCGCGACGCCUCUCCAGCCCCGCUGAUGUCCUCCUCGGGCACUACAAAGUCCGAGUCACCGGAACAGGAGCCGGCGAUGAGCUCCUCCAGUGAUUCCAGUCCGCCCAUCGACGUUCAGAUUGCCCAGGGAGCGCGCAAGAAGUCCAGCACUCCACUCAAGUCUAGUCAGAGCGAGGGCUCCCAGGUGACCGUGAUCGAACAGCCGGCCACCAAAGCCCAGCUCCACCAGUUGGCCCAGGCGGAUUCGGAGCCCCGGAAAAAAACCGAGAUGUCCAAGAGCCUCAAAGACGCCCUCAAGAUCAUAAGCGACUCGCUGCUGAAGAAGUUGGGCGCCAAGCCCAUAUCCUCGCAGAGCCUCAAGUCGGCCAAGACGACCAUCCAGGAUCACUGGUUCAACAACUCCAGUACUGGCAAGUCCGAUCCCCAUCAGGUGGAGGAUUAUCUGGAUUACUUUGAAUCGCUCUCGAUCCCACUGCUGGAGUAUUGUGUCAAUCUGUCCGACAGUAAUGGCAACACAGCCAUGCACUAUGCAGUCUCGCACGGCAACUUCGAUGUGGUAUCCAUACUGCUGGAUUCUAAGGUUUGCGAUGUAAACCAGAUGAAUAACGCCGGAUACACGUCGGUGAUGCUCGUAUCGCUGGCCAAGCUGAAGCAGCCCGCCCAUCGGACGGUCGUCGAGCGACUGUUCAAGAUGGCCGACGUCAACAUACGGGCCAAGAAGCACUGCCAGACCGCUUUGAUGCUCGCUGUGUCGCAUGGUAACGGGGACAUGGUCAACAUGCUCCUGGACGCCGGGGCGGAUAUCAACAUCCAGGACGAGGACGGCAGCACGGCCCUGAUGUGCGCCGCCGAGCACGGACGCGUGGAUGUGAUCAAGCACCUCCUGUCGCAUCCGGAGUGCGAUUCACUGGUCACCGAUGUGGAUGGCAGCACGGCCUUCAAGAUCGCCUGGCAGGCUGGCCACCGGGAUGUGGGCCUGCUCAUCUACGUGCACGAGCAGAUGCUGCGGAGCAAGCUGCCAAACCGCGGAGAUGCCACGAGGAGCUCCCUGAUUUCGCCACCGCGCCACAAGCGCCAGCCAUCGCAGUAAAGCCAUUUCGUAUUAGCGGCCAAGUCGACGAACAAACAGCUAGUGAUUAAGAUUUUAAUUAGCAUUUCGUAGAGCUGCUCAGAAUACAUUCCAUAGCGAGAGAUACUGAGGAAAGGCACGAGGGCAGCUUACACUUUCAUAUGUAUAUUGUAUAACUAAAAAUUCGUUUGUCGUACGUUUUAUUUAUUUGUAAAUCUAAUUUUACUGCUAAUUUGUAGUGUAACUCUAAUUCGAUAUUGAUUCAUCGACAAACGCAGCAAACUCAGUGCAACACAUCUGAGACGACACAUCGAUCAACUAAUGCAACUAAGUACUGCACAGGCCUGAGCUACCGAUCCUGAAAAGUAGCCGACAAACCAAUCAACCAUAUCAAGCAACCGACAAUGCAAAAAACGAUAUACGAGUAUACUACUAACCGCAAAUAACAAAUAACAAACAGUGAAUCAAAUUGACAAAUGUUUUAACAAAUCAAAAGGUUCGUCUUUAGGAGAAUCGGGUGUAUUUAAUAGAAAUUAAACAAGCUAAUUUAGAAGAAAAUGUUUUCUCAAAUAAAUAAAUUCUUAAAUAAAAGCACGUGUUUUUGAUUAACUAUUCUAUUAACUAUGCUGACUCUGCCGUUGGGCUUCCUGACCUUUAGUUUAAUAUUGUUUUGGUUAGUCACUAUGCUGAGUUCUAUAUUGCUUUCUAGACUUUGUUCAUAGAGUAAAUUCUUCGUCAUUGGGCACAAGACUGAGAUUUAGAUACUGACACAAGCCAAAUCUCUUUGUUGCCACUUUUCUGUACACAUUGAGUUGCUUUAAUUACUUUUGCCAUAUAAAGCACAAGGCGGAAACAUUAAAAUUAAUUAAAAUAUCUCCAAAGAUGCCACAUUAAAUGUAGAAGGUUACAUAAUAUUUCAGAGGUUUAACAGUUGUUGGUU